AUGCAAAAAAAAGGCGUGUUCUUAAAGGAAUUGGCGGCAUUCGAAUCUCUCGCCAAGACAAAUUUAGAAGACAAUGACUCACGCUUGUACAAAAAAAGCAACCGACCGGAAAACAAUAGCACCCAAAAGUUUAAAGACCUACUAGACAGCCUGUUUGAUCAAUCCCCUGUUGAAGAUCCACCUCGACCAGUACAACCAUUGUCAAAGUCAGGCACACUUAUUGAACAGCGGCUUUUGGAAAUGGUCUUGAAAAAUAAGACACCUUACAAAGAAAACGCACCACUUCCGAAAGGUGUUCAGGUGUCUUUCUUCGGCAAAGCUAUAAAGAAUGAAUCGAUAGAACAGCCGGACAAUCGCUCCCACUGGAGACUCCCGGAAGACGAGCACGAACCGAGUUUUUAUGAUGAAUUUGAUAGUCUGUGGCAUAAACGAUCGAGUUCAGAAUUCGUAGAGCAAGUGUCGAAGCGUAUCAAUGAGGCAGAGUACGGACCAAAUUACUCCAGAAUGUUAGAAUCUGCAUUAGGACAUGCAGCAUUUCAGUUACGGGAUCCAUAUCUAGCGGUCGCAAUAUUUGAACAAGUGAAGAAUCACAGCGUCGAGAGUUAUGUCAGUGGAUGUACUGUAGAUGUGUACAAUCAAAUGCUGAAUAUUCGAUGGAGACUGUGGCGAGAUGUACAUGGCAUAAUUGGGCUGGUAGAGGAGAUGAAUGUAAAUGGCGUCGGAUACAAUAGUGCGACGCGCGAAAUGGGGAAGUCUAUUGCCAAAGAGGUGCUGGGAGAGAUGCGACUGGAAGGACAGAAAGAUUCAGAAAAGUCGCUGUGGAGUGCAGACGAAAAGAGAGCAACAAAUCUGAUAAAGGCUUUGGUUGGAAAGUGGCUCCUCAAAUAA